AUGCAACGGACUCGGAGUCUGGAACGUCCGGUUGCAACUGAAACCGCUUGUAAAAUAGUAGAGCUAUGGGGGAGACCAACGGUUCUGAUCGACUAUGAUGCCACUCGCAUGAUGGCCCAAACUCUUCCACCGAGUUUGCACGGUUCAUUGGAGUAUCUUCCGACAUCAGAUGUUGACACCGAGGUGAAAUACGAUCAACAAUUUACUGUGAAGAUUUCAUCUCAUCCGCAGUAUUCGCUACCUCAGCGACCGGCAUCGGUUGGACCUAAGUUUCAACCGUAUCGAGGACAUUUCAAACACCCCGUAAAGCAGUCUCAAACCUACUUCAUCUAUCCUCAGCCGAGUUUUCAUGAGGAAUCUGCAACAUCACCGUACGGCAUGGACACCAAAGGUGAUUCUGGGGCUUCCUCGACUUCUACCGCGCAUCUACGCUCGAAGAGCACCCCGGAAAUAGAACACUUUCCUUCCUUGCGAUACCCCAUCGAUUCGGGACAGUCGAGCCCGUUGGACGUGACAUUUAGUUCCAAUUACUACGAAAAGUAUGAGUCUCGGGAGUACACUGAAAGAAUUCGCUCAUGUCUUUCACCAUCAGUGCCUCAACCUGUCGAUCAACCUUGGAAGAGACGACACGAUUUCAAGCUAUCUUCGGCCGAACGCAGUGAACAUUGGCUUCAGCGUCCACCUUUGAAUAGGUCCUGCCCGGAGUAUCUGGCAAGUGACUCAGCGGAAACCAUAUCGCGUCCACUUUACGUGCGAUCAUCACCACUGAGGUCUACGAAAGAUGAUGCUGGCGUGACGACAUCUCAACCCCUUACCCGGGAACGGAAAUUGGCGGACAAGCUACAGGAUUCAUAUGACACUUCGAUUCAAAGUCCGGAAACUGAGAGGCAGGAAGAGCACCGAUUCAAAGCAGAAGAGCAAACGUUUAUGCAUCUGACACAUUUCGAUAGCAUUGUGAAGUACCCCUCAUGGCAAGGGCAUAGGGACCACCAUGUUAGGCAAGACACUGAGACACCUGAACUUCGGCCUUUCUACCGCCGCGGAAAAGCUUCAUCCGUUCCAGUGGAUACAUUUUUUGCACCUGAGCCGUACAAAAUCAGACAUCGGGAUGUAGAGGCCUCUCAUGUCAAGGAAAUGCCCGAGGUACCAUCGGUAGGCAUAACUGAACACUUGAGUAUAUCAAGUGAGCGGGUACAGAGGUCAGUUAGUGUCAACGACACCGAAAAAGUUCGAAAGCCUCGUGUCAUGCGAAGAAAAUCCGAUUUAGACCAAUACAUUGAAGAACAGAUCGAUAGAGUGUACAGGGAAGAGUUAGCCAGGCGUGAGAGCCAGACCUUAUUCCAAAAAGCAAAAGGAAUAGAAGGGGAAAGUUCGUCUGAUCUAAGCGUACUUGCUUCUCGUGAAGAACGUCGUAGACCUUUAGACAAUGAGAUGCAAAAACGAGUUUCUAAAAAGCUAUCUAAAGAAGCUUCUGAUGAGGGAAAACAACCGGAGCAUGACCGGUUAACAGCACCCAGAGGCCCUAUGUCCAUGGAGAACCAACGAUGGCCACCUGCAGUACCUGUAAGAAGAGAAUCGCUUUGGAAGGUAUCACCCAAGAGAAGCAAGGAGGACACCGAAUUCCGGAGUCAAGUGGACGAGUUCCAGACUCCUUUCAAGAAGCCUGAAGCCCCGGAAAAGAUUUCAGAGUCUCCAGGUGUAGCAGCCACCAUUGGGGUGCAUCACACGCCUAGGAGGAUACCAGAGAAAACAUCCGAACUGGGCUCAGUUGUAGGACAGGCGACCGACCAUCCUAAGGAGCAAACACCAAGACAGGAACAACAGGAUGUACGAACUGGGGAAGUUCGUGAUGCACGGGAAAGUUCUUACAAAACUAUGCAGGACCGACAAAAGCAGCCGGAUAGACAAAAGUAUAGUGUCGGCAAACAUCCUUCGCAUGAGUAUGAUAACAAGAAACACCGACAACCCCAAUCCGCGGAUCAAACUAAUUUGGAAAGUCCAUCAAAGGACACCUUUAGAUUAGAGAGAGAGAAAUCCAUGGAAGACACUUUGGUGAAAGUGCCUCGGCCAACUGCGGAUGAAGAAGAAAAGCGACCUGAAUCUGCUACCGGAGAUUACUCUGAAACAAAAAAAUCCCGGCUUUUGUCCAUCGACAAAUUGAGAGAAGAUCCUAGAAUAACUGAGCACAAAGCAGUACCUGAAGUUGCAAAGAGAAUCCAUUUGCAGAGGUGGAUGCCAAAACCGACUGAACGCCAUUCGGUGGAUGAGGAGGUCACUGUGAACCGUCCACAUUUAAAGACAGCAGACCAAACUGGCUCACGGAUCAGGCCACAAGAGUUAGCUGUUGAAGUACAACACCCCAUCGAUGGCGGGCUAGAAGACAAGGUUAGGACACCAUGGGUGGGCAGAGAUAGAAUCAAGGCACAACCUUUACAACGGCACGUUUUGCGAGAGACGCACCUUGAUCAAGAUGAUCGCCUAUCCAGAGUGAAUGUGAGAAAGCCCGAUGGAAAAGCCACAGAAGGUACGACUGAGCGCUUAGAGCGUAGAAAUAUUGAAAAAAGGGAUUCGGAUCAAAAGCUAAGGGCUAAAGAAGACAAACCACUUAAAACGCCGCUAGAUAAACCUCUCGGUGCCACGCACCAAGGUAGGUGGAGUUCUUAUGCAGGCGAACGACCUCAGUCUCGCCACAUAGAAUCGCAACCAGCCUCAUUUCACCAAUUCCGCCAAGAUCCUUUGUCCCUAGCUCCAGAACAAUCAGCUGAAGAAGAAAACCACUCAGGAUACCGUGCCUUGGCUGCGGCGUGUCUGCGGCCACUGCAAGAGAUCGUCUGUCCGACAAAAAUAGAACGUUCAGACGUUACGGGUAAGAAGGACAGCAAAUCGGUAGCGAAGGAUGACCGUCGGACUGAUGAUAGACAUGGAUCGCACCGGGACUCUAUAUCGGCAAAGGUGAGAAAAAUGGGCGAGUAUGAUCAACGGAAAAGCAUGACUUUGCCAUUGGUAGGCUCGGUCGGUCACAUGACCGAGACACCAAUGGAACGCAAACGUGGUGCUGUGUCAAAACAAUCUCAUGCAGAUCGAGAAAGAAAGCGAAGUUUUGACAUGCCCAGGAGAGAUUCAGUUUUCCAUCAGGAGGGAGGAAAGAAUGUACCCAUCAGCCAGUUUGAUCAUUUUGGCCACAGGAGGCAUGUCGACAACGGAAAGGAUUCUGACAAGGAGCGGACUGUAAGCCGGCCUAUCAGUACGGGCCCCUGCCCAAAGGACAAAGAACAGAAAAGGGUAGUCAAAUUGAGAAGAGAGCCGUCAUCGGAUUCGUCUGCUCCUAGACGUGAUCAUCUUCGAUCCUCAGCAAGUCAGAAGACUUCUACGGCUAAGGGCGCACCUGAUGAUGAACGACAUCAGAGAACGAGUCCCCCGAUGGAUGACAGUCCACCUGGUCAUGUGACUUCGCUCCAAAAGUCAAGCGACGUUCGAAAGGACAAGCACGGCGAAGGCACUUGUUCAAUGUCGUCUGCGUCCCCUUAUGGCCUUUCUCGACCCACGCCAGCGAAGCGGGACGGCAGUAGUCGGCGAACAACACAACAAGAUGAGAAGCCGCUUCUGACUGACCGUUCAGCUGAGCUCACUAGCCCCAAACCCCUGGGUCACAAACGGCAUCCUCCACCACCAACUUCACCUCCGUAUCAACGCCCACACAGAACGACCCCCGAACGCAUGAUCGGAAACGGUCUUAGCCAACCUCCAGUAAACGGUACUGGAGAUUCUGUAUUAUAUCCGACCCAACGUUCGUCGCAGGACGAUGACCGUCUCAGGUUCCAGUUCGAACAACGUGAUUCAGUUGGCACCUCAGAUAGUGUUGUGCAAGGGGACCUCGAUGCCACUAUACCCUCCGGUGAACCGGAUGAGUACAAUCUGGUGGACGAAGCUGCGAGGCAGUGGCAUAGUUCCGAAUACGGCGACGCUCCUCCCGAUGAGCAUGCCGGUACAACUGUGGGGAGUAGUCGAACACUCCCCAAGGUACCCAGAGGGCCUUCAAAACUGGACGACGAAGCUUCGGAGAAUUCUGGAGAACCAGGUCACCGACAACAUCCCUCUCAACAUUAUGCAGUGCCCAGGAGUCGUGAAGCACUAUCAGAAGAUCCUACGACGAAGCAAGAGAAACACGAGUCAAGGUCUAAAGACCGCAGGCGAAGAGGAGAGGCGAGGCUCCCGACGGAUACCGCUACUCAUGUACCUGACGAACGGGCACCUAUGGAAGAUGCGCGGCAUCGAGACAGGAAGAUGCGCAAUGGGGAAGAUAGUGAUAGUCAUAAACACAGAGGAUCUUAUGAUCGACCACCGUCAAGCCGCAUGGAAAAACAUGAUAGCGUUUCUGAUAAAGGGAGUGCUCAUGGACAUCGAAGACGUCAUCCGCCUCCGCCUAAGGCAUCUGAUCGUAGUCAGCAUCCAGCUCGAAAUGGCCACCAAGGCGAGCGUCGAUCCUCAGGCCGACGACACCAGACGGUUAUUCAUGAUGAUGAUGAUGAAUACGUUAAUUGGCCCGCUUUUCGCCGCCCAAAUGGAGAAGAGGGGGUGGAGGAUUAUGGUCAGUGGCCUCACGAAUUGAGUGACCGCUCGAACGAGCGGAGCACUUAUGAUCCGAGGGUUACAGUGGAUGAACCAGUUCAGCCUCCAGCGAAGAAUGUUCCGAAGCACAGACGUGCUGAGAAUGGCCUUAGAACCGAUCACCGCUCGAGAAAAUCACCUCCAACGCUUGAGCCCCAACCUGCUGUCCGUCACCAUCCCCGUGAACCGGGUCGUCGAGGAACCGGAGAAGAAAAGGACGAAACAUAUGAAGAUGAUGACGAUGACUUGGGGGAUUCCCAUGAUGACGAUGAGGAAUUGAGACCGCCACCGUUGCGAAGCAUUCCCCAGUCCAAACAGUCUUCCGAUUCUUUGGCACGUCAACCAACCACACCCACCCCACCCGUUCAAUUUCGGCACCCUCGUCGCGGAAGUCUACUUAGCCCCGGUGCUUUGUCGUUGCCAGAGUAUUCUACUCCAGGUGGUAUCAGUGGAAGAAGUCAUGGUGGAUCGCGCGGAAACUAUCGUCCGGAACAAGUUCAUCCGCCAAAAGUAGCGGACCACGAACGCAUUUCACGGCCACGACACAAGCACGACACAGUAACCAGCGAUAGACGUGGGGUCUCCGGUGAGCAUGUGAACUUGUCUGUAUGCAUUUUUAGAAGCAAAACACACGCGAAAGAGGAAACUCAGGUAAAAAGGAGCGCAAAACAUUAA